AUGUACUGUCUCACCCCUGGCUAUGCAGUCGAAGUCCCCGGCAUAGCAAGGCCCGCGGUCGCCCUUACGCCCCCCUGGCCGAAGGUCGGGAAUCCUCCGCCACCCCGAGAGGUGUUCCCGGCCGCCCCAGACUCCGUAAAUCCACCAACAACCGCCUCUCAUCUGCACCAUAAUCCAUCGCAGCGCCUCUCAUCUGCACCAUAUCCGACUCACUGUACCCCUAUCCGCUGCGAGUGCACUGUAAUCCGUAUUCUUAACCACCAUAACGACCUACACCAUAUCUUCUACAUAAACAACCCCUUCACCGUCUCUUUUACACUAUAUCUUCAUAUUCCCAUCUACACCAUACUAAUUACUCUACAGCUACCCUAUCCCUUCACCCGCACCAUACCCGCACCCGCACCAUACCCUCCACCCACCCCAUACCCGCACUAUACCCGCACCAUAUCCAUCCCAUACCCUCCACCCACCCCAUACCCGCACUAUACCCGCACUAUACCCGCACCAUACCCACACCCAAUGCACGCCGACCUCUGGGUGGAGGCUCGGCGAGAAUGUUAA